AGCACCCACGCGCUUCUCGAUUCCCCUCCAGUCUCGCGUCGCGCGCUCGUGCAAUGACGCUGACCUUUGCACGCGUGCGAGAUUAUUCAUUACAUGUGGACAUCUGAGAUUAGAUGGAGCGUCUAUCGGCUGACAUCCUCCUCCUCCUCCAGCUCCUCCUGCGCUCCCUCCGUUCGGUCUCUCGCUUCAUCUCGCGCUCCUCCAUCGCUCGCCAAUCCCGGCGUUCGGUUUCCACCGCGAUGGGAAAUUAAAUAAAGUUGGCCGAGGGCAUCUGGAGCCGUGGAGCACGUGAAUCUGAGAGGAACGCGGAUCGUGUUUCACGCAAGCGACGCCGCCGUCAACGCGCAGCCAUGCAGGAUAUCCCGUUGUCAAUUGCACUGACUUGAGGAAAGCUCCGUCGCGUUCAUUUUCUACACGAUUCACGCCGAGACGUUUGCGGGGAUGGAAUCGAAGUGAGUUCGGAGGCGAUCCGUAUCAUGGACGUGUUCAGCUUUGUCAGGAUGCCCAAACUAGCAGGUCACAGGACCAAGUCCUCAUGCUGUCCUCCGCCGGCCGCCGGGAGUUGGCCAUCCACACAGGGACCCUCCAAUGGCUGGGAGAUGUCGUCCUCUAGAGAGGCCCGCGACUACUACGUCAAUCAUCUCUCGCAGUCAAGUUCUUUGGAGGAAGUGCGUGUUGAUGUGGAUAAGUUCGUCCCUCCUGCACCGCGAAAGGUGGAAAUGAGACGCGACCCGGUGCUCGGCUUCGGCUUCGUGGCAGGCAGCGAGAAACCAGUGGUGGUUCGAUCGGUUACUCCAGGAGGGCCUUCAGAAGGGAAGCUGAUCCCAGGAGACGAGAUAGUGAUGAUAAAUGAGGAGGCCGUGAGUUCGGCUCCACGGGAACGAGUCAUUGACCUGGUCAGAAGUUGUAAGGAGUCCAUCAUCCUGACCGUGGUGCAGCCGUACCCUUUGCCCAAAUCUGCCUUCAUCAGUGCAGCUAAAAAGGCCAAGUUGAAAUCCAAUCCGGUCAAAGUGCGCUUUGCUGAAGAAGUCAUUAUUAACGGACAAGAACCUGAGACUGUGAAGGAUAAUUCUCUGCUCUUCAUGCCAAACGUCUUGAAGGUGUAUCUGGAAAACGGACAAACAAAGUCCUUUAGGUUUGACUGCAACACCUCCAUUAAGGAUGUCAUUCUGACCCUGCAAGAGAAGCUGUCUAUUAAAAGCAUUGAGCACUUCUCUCUGACGCUGGAGCACAAGAUGGAAGGAUCUGCAACAAAGCUAAUGCUUCUGCACGAGCAGGAGAUGCUAACGCAGGUGACACAAAGGCCGGGCUCACAUAAAAUGAAAUGCUUUUUCCGCAUCAGUUUCCUUCCCAAAGAUCCGGUGGAUCUUCUCAGGAGAGACGCUGUUGCGUUCGAUUACCUCUACGUUCAGAGCUGUAAGGACGUGGUGCAGGAGCGUUUUGGCUUUGAGCUCAAAUACGACACAGCGCUUCGCCUGGCUGCUCUCCAGAUGUACAUCCUGACGCUCAGCACCAAACAAACGCAGAAAGUCUCACUGAAAUACAUUGAAAAGGAGUGGGGUCUGGCGCAGUUCCUGCCUCCAGCGGUUCUGUCCAGCAUGAAAGAGAAGAACAUCAAGAAAGCGCUCACACACAUCCUGAAAACCAACCAGAACCUGGUGCCUCCUGGCAAAAAGCUGACGGCGCUGCAGGCGAAGGUUCACUACCUGAAAUAUCUGAGUGAUCUCCGGCUGUACGGAGGACAAGUGUUUAAGUCCACGCUGGUCCAAGGAGAGAAACACACGGAGGUGACGCUGCUGGUGGGGCCGCGCUACGGCAUCAGUCACGUCAUCAACACUAAAACCAACCUGGUGGCGCUGCUGGCCGACUUCAGCCACGUCAACCGCAUCGAAAUGUUCACGGAGGACGAAAGGAACGUGCGAGUGGAGCUUCACGUCCUGGAUGUUAAGCCCAUCACACUUAUAAUGGAAUCCAGUGACGCUAUGAACCUGGCGUGUUUGACUGCCGGUUAUUACAGGCUGCUGGUCGAUUCACGGAGGUCCAUCUUCAACAUGGCGAACAACAGUAACACUGCAGGACAAGACUCAAGGGUCAAGCACAACUACCAGGCAAUUGACUGGAAUUACGGUUCCUGCAGUGCAUGUGAUGAGCCCCACCACGAAUACGCCAUCUGUGGGCGAAGAGAGUUUGAUAUUUCCCCCACAGUCUCUGAAAUGCACCAGCCGCAGCAUCGCAUGCACGGGGAUGGGGAGAGGGUGAGCAGAGGAAGUCACAUGCAUCCUCAGCCCUACUUCAGUGUCCCAAAAGGCAAACCUCAAGAGUCGCCCAGAAGCGCCAAGGUGUCCUUCAUAUUCAGCGAUCCUCCACUGGACUUUGUGAACCCUCAGAACUUGGGAUACCAAAGACUGAUGGAGGACAUCCCAGAAGUGCUGGAGGAACACCGAUACAUGUACGCGCAACAGAAGGACUACAAGCCGCUGGAAGCAUCAAUGGAGGUCGACGGCUUCCAGUACGGUUCCAACAUGGUCUAUGGGGACGCCAAGAUCUUCGGUACGACGGAAGGCAUCGAGGAGCCUUUGCUGCGCGAUAUCUGCUACGCCGAGACUACGGAUGACGCCGAGGAUGACGAUGACAUUAGUUGCGAGGAGGACAUGAUGAUGAUGAUGAUGGAAGAGAUGAAGGACAAGGUGAACUCUCUCCUGUCGCUCUCGGAAUCGAGCGACGACAUUAUUGACCUCACUUCGCUUCCGCCGCCACCGGAGGGCAACGACGAGGAGGACAGCGACGACCUGCUGCAAUCGCUAAACUUGGCAAUUGCCGCUCCGCCACCAGGGUUCAGGGAUAGUUCAGAUGAAGAUGAUCACCAAGAGCGAAAAGGCUUAAAAAACGACAUCCCUGUGUCGCUGAUCGAUUCGGUUCCAACGCAAGUGGCCGGUGGAACCGAGGAAGUGUUCAAUGACGCCGUUGUCUCCACACUACAAGCUCUAGAGGCCUUGGCGGCCUCUGAGGAACAGUCUCAUCCACAAUCGGACAAUAGUUCAGGUGUAGAAAUAUCUCGGUCCUUUAGCCCUGAGUCCUCCUCUGAUUCUGGGAACGAGACAAAUUCGUCCGAAAUGACGGAGAGCUCGGAGCUGGCCGCAGCUCAGAAACUCUCCGAAAACUCUCUGAAAAUGUUAGUAGCCACAGCCGAAGGGUACCAAACUCUAGCCGAAGAGGAGACCGAGUUUCGAUUGGUGCCGUGUGAGGUACGGGUGUCUCUAGACGACUCCCAGUCCGCCGCGGUUGCCACUCUCCGCUCGGACCAUUUCGAAAUGGAGCCAGAAACAAUGGAAACCAAGUCGUUGACGGACUACUUCAACAAAAUGCACAGGGACGUGAUGAUGGGAAUGUCACAGGGGAAGAUCAAGGAGCAAGACGGCGGGAUGAAAUUGUGCGCCCAAGCGGAAGCCCGUCAGAUGAAUAUCACAGAAUCGGAGGAUCUUGUUGGGAUGUACAACAACUUCAAUGGACGGGAUUCCCAACGUUCAGGUCCCUUUGACUUGGAGAGGAUGUCUUACGCUUUUCAAGAAAGCAAUCAAAGAUUGCAUAUGAUUUUGAAUAAUAAAUCUGAAGAGCAUAUUUACUCUGAGGUGGUUGGCGAUGGCGGUCCAUUGCAUGCAGACAGGGUAACGCAAAAAGUCAGUUUGAAGGACUCGAUAGACUUGAACACAAGUUCCCCCGCCAAAAAACAAUAUAUGAUUGAGAGAGCCCGGAACGAACAUCAACAGCGCAAGGUGGCUUCAUCCGAACAGGAAGUGACACGGUUAUACGAGUACCACUUGUCCAAAAGGAUGUCGGCUUUACAGAGCGAGGGAAUUCAUUCCCUGCAGAGUUCCCAGUGUUCGUCCAUCGAUGCCGGCAGCAGUACAGGAAGCAGUAGCUGCGUGACACCAAUGGACUCUCCUCUGUGCACGGUAGAUAGCGUCCAUCUGCACGGAGAGUCCUCUCUGAAAGGUCUUGGAUAUCCAACUCAGAACAUAGAUGAAACGUUUUUGCGGAAGCACCAUGGACAGGCUGGCCAAGAGUCGGGCCGAGAGGGAUGCCAAAGGUUGCCCAAGAUCAGGGAAACUACAGUGUAGCAUGCUGCAGAUGGAGAUAAAACAGAAGAAUCGUCGUCUUCUCUCACGAUAUGUCCAUAUUCAUCCAUAGCACAGUUUCCUAUGUGCCAAAUCAGAGGUGAUCGGAGGUCUUGAAUGCUUCUCUGUUUAUUCUUGCACUUGGCCUCAAAUGACCCCCGCUCUGGUUGCCUCAGGGAGCCAGAAAGGGAAUCUUAAUAAGACAACUAUUGGCUCAGGGAGCAUUGACACUUUUUAUGGAAACUGCAACUUGUAGAUGGCGGUAAUCAACCAUGGAAGGAUUACAACCCUGCCGUUCCUAAAGUCAACAUGAAACUCAAAACCCAUGUUACUGCCAUAAUGUGACACUUUGUUGUAUCCACCAGAUUUGGAUUGCGAAAAGUAGGCAUUUUGUGCCAGAAUUGUUGGAGAGGAGUUGGAAUGACACAAAUGUGCAUUAAGAAAGUAAAUGGGGUGAAUUUUGAUUUCUUGUUGACUUUAAUCUUCUGAAGUGGAAGCGAAUGACAGAUGGUUUGACGUUCUGCACAGAAAACAAGUUUAAGACAACAAGCAUUGGAACAAGGCAAGUUCAUCUCCUGAUUCUUUUGGACGACACACAAUCCAGACAUACGAACUGUGCAUUGCUCUGAGAAAUUCUUGCACUGGUCACUUAAUAUGUCUAUUUUAGCCACAUUUCUCAAAGAAAGCAUGUGCGGAGCUUUUGUGCUCUGAGGAUUUUUUGUUAAGCAGCAAAAGGACAUUUUGAAGCGCUAGCUGAAGCGAUUCAGGAAGUCACUUUAUUUACUUUGCGUGGAGGCUUUGGAAAGUUAUUUUGAUGACCAAAGCAAAACUACAUUUGCAUUCGGUACGCUGUUAUUUGGUUGCAGCAAUGGCCAUAUGUCGAAAAUCACUGCUUUUAUUUAGCCAUAUUAAAGCCAUAUGAUAUCCCGCAUACUGUACGUUUGUCAUGAAGAUUGAGAUAAUCCGGCCAUUGCGAUCCACUGUGAUAACAGUGCUUGUGUAUAUUUUGUGUAAUAUGUAAAAUGAAAAGGAAGUAUUCUACAAUACAUAGAAUUUUUAAAAGACCGUUUAAACCACAGCACCUGAUAGACACAUCCAUUUUGUUCUAUGUGUUUAUUUUAAACUUCAUAACAGAAGAGCUUCACAUUCAAAAAUAUGAAAAUGUAAGCCACUAUAUGAUCUGUAAACUGUUAUUAUGUUCGCAACUUGCACAGUUUCAUUUGCCGUUCUUAUUUGACUGGCUAAUGCAUAUAUUUACUUAAGUAAUUUAAAGUCAACAUGAAGUAUCAUUCUCCAUCUAUUUUACUACUGUCAUCUGACAUAUUUCCCAGUGUAAUUUUAUCAAGAAAAGGACAGGAUUUUAUCUGUGAGGAUGGUGAAAGUGAAUGGUAAAUAAUUUUUGUGCUUAAGUUACUAAAUUUUGAUGAAAUAUUACAACAGAUUGUUGUUAUUUAUUUAGAAUAACAUGCACUGAUGAGUCAUUCCCAGUAAAACCAGGAAAGUUAUUUAAGAAUGUAAGUAGGUCCAUUUUGAUUUCAUGUUGACUUUAAAUAAUAAACGUAAUGUAUUUUAGUUGAAUCAUCUUCAUUAAAUAU